AUGAUGGGUAAUUAUCCUAAAGCACUUUCAUCUUAUGAAAAAGCCCUUGAAAUUAAACGACAAUCAUUUCCUCCCAAUCAUCCUAGUUUGGCUUCUUCAUACAACAACACUGGUUUGGUGUAUGCGAAUAUGGGCAACUAUUCAAAAGCUCAUUCAUUUUUUGAACGUGCUGUACAAAUCGGAGAACAAUCGUUACCUUCAAAUCACCCAGAACUUCAGAGGUGGAGAGAUAACCUCGGACGUGCAAAAAACGAGUAA